AUGCCACCAAGAACGCGCAGACAACUAGCUCAGGCGGCCCAUGAAAGCGAGAAGAUAGCAAAGAGUCAAGUCGAGAAAGAGUUACUCAACUCUGAUUCAGAGAUAGAGCAAGAAAAUGACGAGAAUAUAUUCGCCAUUAAUAUUGGUGAUAGGGACAACGAGUCUGAAACUGACGAAAAUUCGUUCAGCAUUUCUAUUCCGCCACCACUCCGCUCGCUGGAAAAUCCGCCUCGCACGCCUGCCCAUGAAGAUGCGCUUCGUGACAUCACUGAUGAGUUCUUUCAUCCACCUUCACCGUCUCCGAUCAAAGCAGUCGGCACGUUUACAAGCCUCAAACCACCUCGACGGCCAAAGAAGCCAAAAAGCCUUGCAUUUCCAGCCGACCCUCCCAACUGGCAGCCAACCUCACCACUCCCUCCGAGUUCGCCGCUUGCUUCGACUUCUACAUAUGGACAACAGAACUUUGCGUCAACAUCGCAUAUGAAUUCUUACGAGUAUAACAUGACCGCGUUUUAUCGUCAUGCUCAAGAAAUAGAUCCUAGAAGUGGUGAUUCAGACCCCUUUGGGUUUUUAGCGGCCGAGAAGGUACUGAAAGAACGCCGGGUUGCACGUCUACCAAACCAGAAACGCAAACACGUUCUAUCUCCUGCUUUACGCGUCACACCACAUUCCACGCGUACCAGAGGACAGCAUAAUUAUGCUACUCCUACUCCAACACGCCCAGCCGCUUCCUCAGUACCUAUCCCAACAAACGAUGAAGACAUCGAUGAUCUUUAUCUCGACGAACCAAUCGCGACAUCUAUUCCAGUCCCUGCGCCGCUUUUGCGCCAUUCGUAUAUCCCAACACCAUCGUGCUCCCCUGCUUCUGUUCGCUCGGAAAUAGUAGUCCCAGUCCUACUUAAACCUCGCUUGGACAUUUUGCGAGACCAACCAAUACGCAGUCGCGAUCCCCUCCGUACGCCGCGAAAACGUAAACGCGACAUUGAUGCUGCCACUCCUGCCUCCAGUGAUGUAGUAUCCAGCCCAUCACCUGUAAAGAUUAGCGUAGCCGCUAGACAACCCCAAACACCGUCAGAUCACUCAGAAACAGCGGAGGAGCAUACCCCCGUUCCGAAACGUACUACGCGUGCACAGGCGAAAGGGAAGGGCAAAGCCCAGGAUGACGCGCCCAAAUCUCGCAAGCGUGUCCGUACUACUAAAGAAGAUGCUUCGCUGAGCCCCAGACAGGCGUGCAAGAACUUAGAGAAGCUCUUGCCGCGCAGAGCGACUAUGCGGAGGGCAGCUGUUGUAGCGAAAACUGGGAGUAAAGGAAGGGUUAGGAUGGCCGUCGAUCCUACAGGCGACAGUGAUAGUGAUGAGGAGCAACCGAAGCGGAGGAAGCCUGCAUCGAAGGCACAGCCAUCAUCAAAUGCAAAGCCUGCCUCAAGAAGUGCUAAACCCGUUUCAAAGGGGACCAAAAAGUCAUCCUUGAAACCUCGGAGUAAGGGCAAGGAGAAAGCGAAGCCCCUUGAUGACUUGAUGGAAUUGUCAGAUGAUACCCGCGAGCGAUACAAACAGGAACGCCUAGCGCGCCUUGAGUACUUCCGCAAGCUAGAUGAUUAUCAGAUGAAGAAGGAAAAUGUGUAUGUAAUUUGA